AUGCCGACUCUAGCGAUUACCAACUUCAACAUCAUUGUCGGUGUGCUGGGGGGCUGGAUAUCGUUAUUCGGGUUGGUGUCGUUCCUCUGCAAGGAGACCUAUUACCUUUCUGAAGCGCUGAUAUCCCUCUUGGCAGGCGUAGCCUUCUCGCCUCCGGCCGCCAACCUCAUCAGACCGCUAGAGUAUGCGGGAACCCCGGAAAACGUGGACAGCGUGACGCUCGCCUUCUCACGACUGGUCUUGGGCGUGCAGCUGGUGCUCGCAGGCGUCCAACUGCCCAGCAGGUACUUACGCACGCAAUGGAAACCCAUGGCCCUGCUUGUCGGGCCCGUCAUGACCUGCAUGUGGCUAGCGACGAGCCUCUUGGUCUAUGCCAUGGUGCCGCACAUUCCAUUCCUGCAUGCUCUCGCCAUCGGCGCUUGCGUGACACCUACAGACCCGGUGCUGUCCAACGUGAUUGUCAAGGGCCGCUUCGCGGAUCACAAUAUCCCCAAGGAGUUACAGAACCUAAUCAUCAGCGAAUCGGGUGCCAACGACGGGCUGGGAUAUCCGUUUCUGUUCUUCGCAUUAUACCUCAUCAAGUACAUCGGCGACGGCGGCAAGCAGGUGUCUGGCGGUGCCAGGCUGGCCAUGGGGCUCUGGUUCGGUGAGACCUGGGGGUACACUAUAGCUCUCAGCAUCGUUUAUGGUGCCGUCGUUGGAUGGUUAGCCAAAAGGCUGCUGAGAUGGGCCGAGAGCCACAAGUAUGUCGACCGUGAGAGCUUCUUGGUGUUUGCCAUCUCGCUAGCGCUCUUCAUCGUCGGUACAUGUGGCAUGAUUGGCAGUGACGACGUGCUAGCCUGCUUCAUCGCAGGGAAUGCCUUCACCUGGGACGACUGGUUCCGUCUCGAGACAGAAGACGAUUCUUUCCAGCCCACUAUUGAUAUGCUUUUGAACGUCACCAUUUUCAUAUGGUACGGAGCCGUCUGCCCGUGGAAUGAUUUUCUUCACAAUGAGGUGAUUCCGUUGUAUCGUCUUGUUCCGUUGGGGGUUCUCGUACUCCUGCUUAGACGUCUACCGUUUGUGUUUGCGGUUCACAAGAAGAUACCUCAAAUCGAACAGACAAAGCAGGCUAUAUUCGUGGGGUUUUUUGGUCCCAUUGGCGUAUCAGCCGUCUUCUACCUCUACGUGACCAUCGAGUUUCUUCAUACACUCAAGGAAGACGGGAAACCCCGAUCUGAUGUCGCUCACAUGGACGAGGCUGUUCGGGUUAUUGUUUGGUUCUUGGCCGUCUGCAGUAUCGUGGUCCACGGGCUGAGCAUCCCGCUUGGAAAGCUCGGCUACUAUGCUCCUCGAACGCUGUCCAGGGGCAUCUCCUUUAUGAGCGGCGACGGUGACGAUCCGCGGCCGUUCCGGAUCCGAGGAAGGGUUUCCUUUCCUUUCGGCCGUUCCAGAUCUGAAGGGCUCGACGCCGAGAGUCGGGCCCAGUCUGAUAAUGAGACGGGUCGAACAGUGUACAGAAUUGGCGGCUCCAUCAUCCCUCGGGGACUUACAGACGCGGGUCAGUCUGCACCCUCCUCGAAACGGCCCGACGACCCGAAUAUGCAUUCUGGCGCCGAAGACGGAGGUGGUGUAACGGGGGCGUCGGCGCCACCGCCACCUGAGCUCCCAAACCGCACAAUUCGGUUCCCCGACGAGACGCCCGCCCCUCAGUAA